AUGCAUCAGGCCUUAUGUAUAUGUGAAAGCAAUCGCCGAGGAUGUCGACUUGGAGGUGCAAUUUUUGCGGCUACAAUUUGUGUGCAAUCUACUCGGUGGAGGAUCAAAUCAGAUUCGGAAGUGAACAAAGAUUUUAUUUAUACAGGAGGCUCAUCUUCCUCUUCUUCAGUUGAUCUGGAUUACUUUAGGAUAAGCAAAAGUGAAGGAGAUGGUAGCAAUGUUUAUGAGUUUUCUUAUUGCCCUAGUGUGUGCUCAACUUGCAGGCCCGCAUGUGGGUCGCUGGGAAUUUACACCGACGAAGAUGGAGACCAGUGGCUCGUCAAAGAUAGUGAGAUCGAUCCCCUGAAAGUGCAGUUUCAAAGAGCAUAA